AUGUCUGUUCCCGAAUCCGAGUACCUCAGUUCCGUCUGGAAGGAUGGCAUCUUUAAUGGCCGCGUUGUCUUUGUCACAGGCGGUGCAGGAAGCAUCUGCAGCAUGCAGACGCGAGCACUAGUUCGUCUCGGUGCGAACGCGUGCAUCAUUGGUAGAAGUGUCGAGAAGACUGAGAAGGCUGCAAAAGAGAUCGCAACUGUGAGAGAAGGAGCCAGAGUCAUAGGAAUUGGAGGAUGCGAUGUUCGUAAGAUCGAGAGUCUCCAGGCCGCCGCUGAACAAUGUGUGAAAGAGCUGGGAGGAAUCGACUUUGUUAUUGCCGGUGCGGCUGGUAAUUUCGUCGUCCCGAUAGAGAAAAUGAGCUCCAAUGCCUUCAAGUCAGUGAUGGACAUUGAUGUACUAGGAACCUUUAACACAGUCAAGGCAACUAUGCCUCAUCUGCUGCGCAGCUCUAACCCUCGCAUCAUCUACGUCUCUGCAACAUUCCACUACACAGGCAUGCCACUCCAGGCUCACGUCGCUGCGGCCAAAGCAUCCGUCGACUCACUCAUGGCAUCUGUCGCUCUCGAAUACGGACCAAGAGGUGUCCAGAGCAACGUCAUCGCCCCCGGAGGCAUUGAAGGUACCGAGGGUCUGGCCAGGCUAGGAAGUGACGCAGAGAGCGAGAAGAAGAGAUAUGCUAAGAGCAUCCCGCUGGGUCGCGCAGGAACUGUACGGGAUAUUGCAGAUGCGACUGUGUUCCUGUUCAGCGAUGCCGGAAGCUAUGUCAGUGGACAAGUUUUGGCUGUAGAUGGUGCUGCCUGGAGGCGUCAGGGAGCUCUGGGUGUGGGAACCGAGGCUGGUAUGGAGUAUCCAGAUUAUCUUCUCAAGGGAGAGUUUUCGCAAAACUUGAGGGAUCCUCGAAAGACGGCCAAGCCCAAGCUGUAA